AAGAGAGAGACGAAGCCAAACACGCAGACAGAGAGAGAGGGAGAGGGAGAGAGAGAAAUGGUAAAUGGUAACUGCUUCGGCAAAGCCAUUUGCUCAAUCUGCUAUGAAGAUCUCCAGCCCAUUGUUGAAGAUCUCCAAGUCAUCUCCAUCUGCGGCCAUGUCUUCCACGAGCUCUGCCUACAGCAAUGGUUUGAGUACUGUCCGGGCAAGAAAAAGCAAAGUUGCCCAAUCUGCAAGCAGAUCUCAAAGGCAAACGAUGCGGUUAGGCUUUACUUUCAGUCGGUCGGGGACGCAGCCGAUCCGAGUCUCACUCAGAAACUUGUCGCCGAUUGCGAGGAUGAUCCGGUGGCUUUGCGUAGAGAGGUGAAACGCCUGGAAUCGAAGGUGACAGCACUUGAUUCGGCUUUGGAGAGGCAGACUAAAGACUUCAAAGAGCUCAAUGAGGAGUUUUCUCUUUGCAAAGAACAGGCAGAUAAAGAAAAAGCUAUGAGGAAUGAAAUCUUCAAAGAAAAAGCAUCCUUGCAACUGCUUCUUCGUAUGAAAACUGAGGAGCUUGAUAAAUCGACCUCAGAUCGAGUGAGAUUGCAAGAAAGGAAUAUGGCGCUGGCCAAAGAGCUUGCAGCAUUUAAACUGGUGACUGAUGUUGAUUUGGAUGAAGAGGAGGUUUUAAAGCUUGCCUCCUUUGGAAAUGCGGCUAAUAAUAAAGAUACCAUAGAUGUUCUAAGAAAGUCCUUGGUUAUGCGUAACAGGAGUUACAAAGAAUUGAUGGCCAAGUGCAAUCUUCUUGGACGAGGAGAGGCUCGAUCUAGUAAAAAGUUAGAAAAGGCUAAGGAAAAAAUAAAUAAAUUAAAGACAAGGUUAGAAGAAUUGGAGAUAGCUAAUGAAGUGAAAGAUAAUGACGCACUAAGAGCUUUGAAAGCUUCAACUUGUGAAAGGGUUUCCAAUGAUAUUAAUUAUAAAUCAUAUUCUUUUGCUGCCAACAAUUUAUCAGAAGAUCGAAGGAAACAACUUUCUUCUAUGGUUAAUUUGGAUGAGAGUGCAAUCUUGACAUAUGAGCCAUCACAUCCUAGGAAAGUAAAAAAAAUCAAUGUCAGUAACAAUAUGGAUACUAAUUAUGCUAAAGAUGGUACAAGUACAACGAUUCUUGGUAAAAGGAAAGAUGUAAUCUCUUUACCCGAUGAGGAUGGUUCAGAAUUAUCAACUCCUAUACACCCACUAACAAAUCCUGAUUUGAAACAUCAAGCUGCGGAGAAUGUUACUACCCAGAAGAAGUCUACUCCACCAACAUCAAAGACAGCUUCAGAUACGAAAAAAGAAACCUUAGUGUGUGAACCUAGUAGCCCUGUUGGGCACUUGGGUUCGGGUAUUGGUAUUGACAAUUCCAUCAAGAAAAUUGCUGUCAAUAUUGAUGAGGAUGUGGCUUUGCUCCAUGAUAAUGGCACACAUGAUGAACCAAUGCUUAACAUUAGAAAAGAAUCGCCACUCCCACCAUCACUUUCUAACCCAGGGAACAUAUGCUUUUCUGGUGGAUUGCUGGGCCCAGAUGGAUCAAACAGGUAUUUGGGUAAGUGGUGCAAGCGGGGACCAAACAAGGAAGUGAGACAAGGUUUAAGCACAAAUACUGGUGAUUUAAUUGCUGUUGGAGCUGAUGGAAAAGGCGGUAGAAUCAAAAUUCUGAGAUCUUUGAACCAAUCAACACUGGAAUUUAAGGAGUCUUCCGGAGGGGCAAAGAGGUGCAAAAAUGGAGCCAAGUCAAGUAAUAUGCAGUCCCAAGGCUGCUUGCAAAUUGAACACUUCUUUGGAAGGGUCAGUAACUAAUGAAGAGUUUGAGUAGAUCGUGUCUUAUGGCCAAGAAAUAGUUAUUCUUUUUCCUGCUGUGGACUGUUCAUUAGUGAGCAGAGUGAUACACGGAAGUAGCAAAUGACACUACUUGUUAUACAUAGAAAUGUAUAUUAAACAUUUUAGCUUGAAAUAUCCGUCGAUCUUGUUUUGAAAAAGUUUGUAAAAAGACCAUAAAAAGUGAUGCAAGUAUAUUUUUCAGCAAAUUCAAAAUGAAUAUGUAGCUGCAAGGCUUCUUUUUUUUUUCAGGUCUAUUUUUGCAGUCUUAAACCCUAGAGAGGUGUCCUUUGGAUGUGCCA